UGAAGAAUCUGGGAUUAAUCAAUUGGAGUAGUAAAUGCAGCUGCCUUGAGGCAUAAUUUAUGCAAUUGGUGUACAUGUACAUUGCAAAUACUUUGGGUACAAGGUAGUAGACGGCUAUACAUAUCUAUUUAAAAUUUAUUAUUUCGUAUUUAAUUAAUGUGAAAUCAGACAGUUAUGUUAUGUUAAAGAAUCAUUAACCUACUAGUUUUUGGAGUUUUGCUAAAGAAUCUGAGCUCCUCCUUCCAAAUACUCCGGCGGAAAAAGCGCAAUUUCAUGUGCUCUACGUUUCCUGUUUCUGUAUAACUGUGAUUUUCUCUGCUGCCUUAGUUCUCUCUCUCUCAUUCUUGCCUGCCUGAUUGUUCUCGUUUUACAUCUGGAAGAUGGGGAAUUGCUUGACAAGUAACAAGAUUGUAGCACAAAACGACCAGCCUGAGCCACAAGGCUGCCGAGCAGAAGUCAUCGAAGAGACAGGAAAAGUUACAGCUUCCAAGUUGGAACGAGCCGAGGUUGCUGCUGAUGAGGGUGAGAAGGUUAAGAAGAAGAAGAUGGUGAGAUUCAAAUUAAACGAAGAAAACGAUGUUGAUGGAGGGAGACAAGGAGAGUCCAAAGAUGGGGUUGUGAGAAUAAGACUCGUUGUGACACAGAAAGAGUUGAAGCAGAUUUUAAGUUCCAGGGAAGAUUUGAAGCACACUUCACUGGAGGGAUUGAUAAGAGUUAUGAAAUUGAGAGGUGUCAGGAUUUCUGAAGGUGGAAGAACAAAUGAUGAUGACGGCUUUCAUGGAGGUUGGAGACCGGCAUUGGAGAGUAUUCCAGAGGAACAUUAACAAAUAAUAUCUGUAACUUUAGUUUUGUCCUUAUUAACUCAUCUCUCUGAUUGUAAAUAAACCUUUGAUUUUACCUUGUGAGACUGCAAUUUUAGAUGUCGUCGCUUCUUGUUUUCAGUCACUGAUCAGGUCGAUCGGACCCGUUUUUUAUGUGGAUCCUUAGUUGAAUUAAUGAAAAUCUUUUGUCAUACGUGCAAAGGUGGCGAAGGGCUUUGGUGCUCUCGUAUUUUUCUUUGUGUGAUGGCUGCUUUUGAGGCUGUGCUUGGCUAUCUGUUUCCUGGUACGGGGAUUCUCUCUGGUUCUGCUUUGAUGAUAGGAGGUGAUUGCUCUAUGGUUGAGUUUGCCUGUAAGUUCACAUUGCCAGGAGGUGUUAAGGGAUGCUUGUUUGCUUUGAAUUACUCUAUGUGCUUCUGUGUGUGAUGGGAUUGUACAUUGGCAGGUGAUGGUAUGCGGUGGUUGUUGCUUUUUUUUAUUUGUUGGGGUGCUGGGUGAGACAAUGGGGUGAUAUGGUGACUUAUUUUCAUUUGUUGAGGUGUAUUGGGGGGUUUCUUCUGAAGGUAGUGGUGGUCGCGGGUUGUGUUGUGGUUCUCUUCAUAAGAUUACCGUGGCUCCGUAAGUUUAUUGCAGGGGAAGAUACAGGCUUCAUGUAAUGGGAUCAAGUGCACCGGUGACCUUCUGGUUUUUUUUUUUUUGUUGGCAGCAGGGGAGCAAAUCUGUUUCUACCUUGUGCUAUCUCUGCUGGGUUUGGAUUUCUACGCUUGUUUUUGAUGUUUUGGGAUAUGGAAACUGGUGUUAUAAUAAAUAUAGUGUUUGUAUUA